AUGCAAGACUGUUUUGCUUUCGGCAUUCAACCCAGCCAAGCCGGUUCUAUUCUGGGUGCCACGUUCCUCGAGGGAUUCGAGGUAGAGUUCGAUCGUGCUAACAUGCGGGUUAUCGCUAUUUUGAAUCUCAGUCAUUCAGAGGUAUGCUAUAAAUCUCGAGUUGUGCAUGACACUGGGGACUUUCGAAUUCGUAGCAGUUUGCAUCAAACUCCGAUUGAGAUCAAAUCGGAGGGCGAUGAGCCAACCAAUCAAUAG